UGUUGAGGAAGUGACUGACAAGUCAUCGAGCUCCGCAAAUUUGCACAAAUCGUGACUUCGCCUAGUUUUUUAUUUGACAACAUUACCGUAUUAAAGAUCGUACAGUCAAAGCAGCUGUUUUCCUCGCGUAUUUAUGGUAAGACGAGAAACAUCUGGUCUGUUCUAGCUUUACUAGCUGACUGACUGAGUUGCUGUCACAGCACACUUAUCGAUCUGUUUUGCUAAUAAGUCAUUGAUUGAUAGUAGUUAAUGAUGGGGGCUCAGAGAAGUGAGGGUCGCAGGGACUGGCUUCAGCAGGACUUCAGUGAGCAGCACAUACAGACUGCGGACUCAAACUCAGGUCGUCCCAUGUGCAACCGCGUCACAUGUCGGAGCACUAACUAACCACAAGACCAUUGGCUCUGACAUUUGGCAGAUGCUUUUAACCCAAGAGUGACUUACAAAACAUUUCCUCAGUAUGUGUGUCUUCUGGGAAUUAAACCCAUGACCUUUGAACUGAAUCCCUGGAACAUGAUGAUCAAACACAGACAGGUACAUCGCAGAGGCCGACGCUCACAAAUGACUGUCAGUUAUACAGAUCCGGUCAUUUCCAUGGAUCUCUUGCGGACGGUUCUUCAGCCCAGCUUCAAUGAAGAUAUCCUUGCAGUGUUUAGAAAAUAUAUGAAGUUUUUUGAGAAGGCCGCCAGUAACGUGAAAGAGAACGUCGGUGGAGACGUCCAGCCGGAUCAGCUCAUCAGAGACGUGUGCCGAAACUGCCUGGAACAUGCCAAACAACUUUUUCCUGAGACUGAGAAAACUGCUCCAAAACCUAGUUAUGACCCCGCAGUAAAGCGUUCACGACAGCCAGACGACAUCUCUGGACAGAGAGACAGCCCCAUUCCGAAAAAGAGGAAAGGUCGUCCCCCUGGUCCAGUGACAUCAUACGAUAGACCGGCCCAGUACAGCACGCCAGCUAAACCUAAAACAUCUGAACCAAUAAAGCGAGAAGGUCCCAAGUGGAACCCGUCCAGGUUGAAUGAGAGCAGCAAAUUUGUUCUUGGAUCCAGAGCUAAUAAAGCUUUGGGAAUGGGCGGCACAAGAGGAAGAAUCUACAUCAAACAUGCAGAGCUCGUCAAGUACGCUGCUGACGCCCAGGACAAACACUGGCUUUCUGAGAGACAACACAUGAGAGCAACAGGUGGAAAAAUGGCGUAUCUGCUUAUAGAAGAGGAUAUUCUGGAUCUGGCCCGAAGUGAAGACUACAAAGACUGUCCUGACUUGAAGCUGGAUGAACUGAAACCAUUUUCAGUGCCCAUAUGGAUGGUGGAGAAGAUGCAGAAGGCCAUGGAAGCGCAGAAAUCUGAAAGUGAUGCUGUUGUUUGAUGGUGACACCGUGAGGGAAGUUAUUGGACCACAGACGUAGUGUUACCUGCUUAAGAUAACUGAAACAUUAUAUUGCUUGUAUGUUUUAAUAUGCCGAAUGCAACGGAUAGAAGCAGGCAUUACUGUAAAGCUGUUAUGUUUCAAGCAUUGUUAUUCAGACCGUCUGGAUUGUUUUUUCUUGGCCAAAACUGUGUGCUUUUCUCAUUAAUAUACAUUUUAAAUGCUUGAAUAUCUGAUGAUUCAUAGAUGAUGCUUGAAUUCAUUUUGGGUGCUGUGUUCUUUGGAAACUGUGUCCAUGUGCUUUUAAUGUUAUUUCUGUUUUUUAUCAUAUGAAACUCUGGAGCCAGAAGUACUUUUAUUUUGCAAAGUAGGAAUUGUAUUGGUCAUGGAAAAGGGAAUUUAUUUACUUAUUUUAGUUUCAUUUUAAUUCUGUUUUCAAUAUAUUUAUGCUUUAAGAAAUGACAAGUAGGCAACUUCUCUAUGAACUACACAAAGGGCAGCGCUAUUUUUACCUUAUAGUAUCUUCUGUGAUGUUAAAUGUUUUUAAAAAAUGACUUUUUUAUGAAACGAAAUACGUUUUUUUUACAUGGAAUGAUUUUUAUAGCUUGUCAAAGAGGAGCGAAAGAUGUUUUAAAUGAUUUUCAUCGCUCUUACUGUCUAUUAUAUCACUGAAAAUGUAGAAUUGCUUAUCAAUGGUUGUAUAUGUAUUAACCAUUAAACCCUUAUUUUGUCAA